AUGUUGCGUAGAGAGCGAGGGUACACGUCAGUUCCACCACCCGUAGCCGCCACGGGGACACCUCGCCGCCACGGGGACACCUCGCCGCCACGGGGGACACCUCGCCGCCACGGGGGACACCUCGCCGCCACGGGGGACACCUCGCCGCCACGGGGGACACCUCGCCGCCACGGGGGACACCUCGCCGCCACGGGGGACACCUCGCCGCCACGGGGGACACCUCGCCGCCACGGGGGACACCUCGCCGCCACGGGGGACACCUCGCCGCCACGGGGGACACCUCGCCGCCACGGGGGACACCUCGCCGCCACGGGGGACACCUCGCCGCCACGGGGGACACCUCGCCGCCACGGGGGACCUCGCCGCCACGGGGGACACCUCGCCGCCACGGGGGACACCUCGCCGCCACGGGGGACACCUCGCCGCCACGGGGGCACCUCGCCGCCACGGGGGCACCUCGCCGCCACGGGGGGCACCUCGCCGCCACGGGGGGCACCUCGCCGCCACGGGGGGCACCUCGCCGCCACGGGGGCCACCUCGCCGCCACGGGGGACACCUCGCCGCCACGGGGGUCACCUCGCCGCCACGGGGGCCGCCACGGGGGACACCUCGCCGCCACGGGGGUCACCUCGCCGCCACGGGGGACACCUCGCCGCCACGGGGGACACCUCGCCGCCACGGGGGACACCUCGCCGCCACGGGGGACACCUCGCCGCCACGGGGGACACCUCGCCGCCACGGGGGACACCUCGCCGCCACGGGGGACACCUCGCCGCCACGGGGGACACCUCGCCGCCACGGGGGACACCUCGCCGCCACGGGGGACACCUCGCCGCCACGGGGGACACCUCGCCGCCACGGGGGACACCUCGCCGCCACGGGGGACACCUCGCCGCCACGGGGGACACCUCGCCGCCACGGGGGACACCUCGCCGCCACGGGGGACACCUCGCCGCCACGGGGGACACCUCGCCGCCACGGGGGACACCUCGCCGCCACGGGGGACACCUCGCCGCCACGGGGGACACCUCGCCGCCACGGGGGACACCUCGCCGCCACGGGGGACACCUCGCCGCCACGGGGGACACCUCGCCGCCACGGGGGACACCUCGCCGCCACGGGGGACACCUCGCCGCCACGGGGGACACCUCGCCGCCACGGGGGACACCUCGCCGCCACGGGGGACACCUCGCCGCCACGGGGGACACCUCGCCGCCACGGGGGACACCUCGCCGCCACGGGGGACACCUCGCCGCCACGGGGGACACCUCGCCGCCACGGGGGACACCUCGCCGCCACGGGGGACACCUCGCCGCCACGGGGGACACCUCGCCGCCACGGGGGACACCUCGCCGCCACGGGGACACCUCGCCGCCACGGGGACACCUCGCCGCCACGGGGACACCUCGCCGCCACGGGGGACACCUCGCCGCCACGGGGACACCUCGCCGCCACGGGGACACCUCGCCGCCACGGGGACACCUCGCCGCCACGGGGACACCUCGCCGCCACGGGGACACCUCGCCGCCACGGGGACACCUCGCCGCCACGGGGACACCUCGCCGCCACGGGGACACCUCGCCGCCACACCUCGCCGCCACGGGGGACACCUCGCCGCCACGGGGGACACCUCGCCGCCACGGGGGACACCUCGCCGCCACGGGGGACACCUCGCCGCCACGGGGGACACCUCGCCGCCACGGGGGACACCUCGCCGCCACGGGGGACACCUCGCCGCCACGGGGGACACCUCGCCGCCACGGGGGACACCUCGCCGCCACACCUCGCCGCCACGGGGGACACCUCGCCGCCACGGGGGACACCUCGCCGCCACGGGGGACACCUCGCCGCCACGGGGGACACCUCGCCGCCACGGGGGACACCUCGCCGCCACGGGGGACACCUCGCCGCCACGGGGGACACCUCGCCGCCACGGGGGACACCUCGCCGCCACGGGGGACACCUCGCCGCCACGGGGGACACCUCGCCGCCACGGGGGACACCUCGCCGCCACGGGGGACACCUCGCCGCCACGGGGGACACCUCGCCGCCACGGGGGACACCUCGCCGCCACGGGGGACACCUCGCCGCCACGGGGGACACCUCGCCGCCACGGGGGACACCUCGCCGCCACGGGGGACACCUCGCCGCCACGGGGGACACCUCGCCGCCACGGGGGACACCUCGCCGCCACGGGGGACACCUCGCCGCCACGGGGGACACCUCGCCGCCACGGGGGCCGCCACGGGGGACACCUCGCCGCCACGGGGGACACCUCGCCGCCACGGGGUCGCCGCCACGGGGGACACCUCGCCGCCACGGGGGACACCUCGCCGCCACGGGGACACCUCGCCGCCACGGGGGACACCUCGCCGCCACGGGGGACACCUCGCCGCCACGGGGGACACCUCGCCGCCACGGGGGACACCUCGCCGCCACGGGGGACACCUCGCCGCCACGGGGGACACCUCGCAUCUUACUCACCUAAAUGUAAGGAACUUGCCUUUCUGUUACCCCCAAAAAAAAAUGUCUUACCACCUCUUCGGUGACGUGAUGGGUCACUAA